UUAGCUUCUUCUCUCGGUCAUAGAAUUCUCUUCUUCUCACUCUUCUUCUGUAAGCUAUCCAUCUCUCUCUAAACCCAACUCUGUUACCCAAUCAAAAACCCUAGUUUUCUCUCGAUCGCCCAGAAUUAUCCGGUAAUUCAACCGAACUCCCUCCAUGUUAUUAUUGCUAUCAGUUUUGGUGUACUGGUUGUAAUCGUCGAUGUAUUUAGGGUCCGAUCCUUGUCAAACAAUAAUUGGGCACCUCGAUCAAUUCGUGAUUGUGUGAGAAAUUGAUCGAUUGUUCGGCAAAUGCUCUUUGUUCCAAGAUGAAGCUCAAGAAGAGGAGGACUGUGGAAGUGCCUCCGAAAAUCAAAUCGUUCAUUGGUAGUGUUAUUGCUACCCCGCUCGAGAAUAUAGAAGAACCCCUGAAAACUUUUGUUUGGCAGUUUGACAAGGGAGAUUUUCAUCAUUGGAUUGAUCUUUUUACACAUUUUGAUUCAUUUUUUGAGAAGCACAUCAAAUCAAGAAAUGAUUUGCAGCUUGAAGACAAUUUCUUGGAAUCUGAUCCUUCAUUUCCAAGAGAAGCUGUCCUUCAAAUUCUCCGUGUUAUCAGAAUAAUAUUGGAGAAUUGUACGGACAAGCACUUUUAUAGUUAUGAGCAGCAUCUUUCGUCCCUUCUUGCUUGCACCGAUGCGGAUGUAGUUGAGGCUUGUCUGCAGACAUUGGCAGCUUUUUUGAAGAAAACUAUUGCAAAGUACUCUAUUCGAGAUUCUUCUCUCAAUUCGAAGUUAUUUUCUCUUGCACAAGGAUGGGGGGGCAAGGAGGAGGGUCUUGGAUUAAUUGCUUGUGCCAUGGAAAGCGGGUGUGAUCCAAUUGCGUAUGAGUUAGGUUGCACCCUCCAUUUUGAGUUCUAUGCUGUGAAUGAGUCAUCAACCGACUCCUUGGUUGGCGAACAGUUGACCCAAGGUCUACAAAUCAUCCAUUUACCUAACAUCAACAGUCGAUCGGAGACAGAUCUAGAGCUUUUGGACAAGUUAGUUAUUGAGUAUAAAGUACCCAGCAGUUUGAGAUUUUCUUUGCUGACUAGGUUGCGGUUUGCGAGGGCUUUCAGCUCUUUAGCAGCUCGGCAGCAAUAUACAUGUGUUUGCCUAUAUGCUUUCAUUGUUCUUGUUCAGGCUAGCAAUGAUGCAGAUGAUCUAGUUUCUUUCUUUAACUCUGAGCCUGAGUUUGUCAACGAGUUAGUGUCCCUGUUAAGCUAUGAAGAUGCAGUUCCUGAGAAAAUUCGAAUUCUUAGUUUGCUUUCCUUGGUUGCACUUUCUCAAGAUCGGUCCCGCCAGCAAACAGUAUUGACUGCACUGACAUCUGGUGGUCACCGAGGCAUUUUAUCCGGUCUCAUGCAGAAAGCUAUUAAGUCUGUUAUUAGUAAUACAUCAAAAUGGUCUCUGGUUUUUGCCGAGGCAUUAUUGUCUCUUGUUAUUGUUUUGUCAUCAUCUUCAUCAGGAUGCUCGGCCAUGCGUGAAGCAGGGUUUAUUUCUACUCUUUUACCUCUCCUUAAGGAUACAGAUCCUCAACACUUGCAUUUAGUCAGCACAGCUGUGCAUAUUCUAGAAGCUUUUAUGGACUACAGUAAUCCAGCAGUUGCAUUGUUCAGAGAAUUGGGUGGUUUAGAUGAUACCAUCUCUCGUCUGAAGAUAGAAGUUUCUCAUGUAGAAAAUGGUUCAAAGCAGCAGGGAGAAGACCCUAAUGAUGAUGUGAGGAGUUUUCAACUGAUUGCUGAUGCUUCUUUGGAACUCGAUAACAUGCGGCCUUUAUAUUCUGAAGCUUUGAUUUCUUAUCAUCGGCGAUUGCUGAUAAAAGCUUUGCUACAUGCUAUUUCUCUUGGAACGUAUGCACCUGGAAACAAUACCUAUGUUUAUGGAUCUGAGGAGAGUUUGCUGCCAGAAUGCUUGUGCAUAAUUUUUAGAAGAGCAAAAGAUUUUGGUGGCGGGGUGUUUGCACUUGCAGCAACUGUCAUGAGUGAUCUAAUUCAUAAAGAUCCCACUUGUUUUUCUGCCUUAGAUGCAGCGGGUCUUCCUUGUGCCUUUGUGGAUGCUAUAAUGGAUGGUGUUCUUUGCUCUGCUGAAGCUAUCACCUGCAUACCUCAAUGUUUGGAUGCCUUAUGCUUGAACAACAAUGGUCUACAAGCUGUGAAGGACCGCAAUGCAUUGAGGUGCUUUGUAAAACUAUUUACCUCUAGAACUUAUAUGCAUGCUCUUGGCGGAGAUACAACUGGAUCCUUGUCUAGUGGACUGGAUGAACUCAUGCGACAUGCUUCCUCAUUGCGUGGGCAGGGCGUUGAUGCAGUGAUUGAAAUAUUGAAUGCUAUUUCAAAAGUUGGUUCCGGAAAUGAAGAUCCUGGGUGCUCUUCUGCUCCCGUUCCCAUGGAAACUGAUUCUGAAGAGAGGAGCCAGGUUCCAUCAGAAGAUAGGGAAUCCUCCAGAAUGGAUUGUGUGGAGCAGAUAACUGAGCAAUCUUCUGGCAGUUCAGCGGUGAAUAUUGAGUUGUUUCUGCCUGAAUGUGUAAGCAAUGCUGCUCGUCUUCUUGAAACGAUUCUUCAGAAUGGUGACACAUGCCGCAUAUUUGUUGAGAAGAAGGGGGUUGAUGCUGUUCUGCAGUUAAUGACCUUGCCUUUGAUGCCUCUUUCAGCAUCAGUUGGUCAGAAUAUCUCUGUUGCCUUCAAGAAUUUCUCAGCUCAGCAUCAUCCUUCUUUGGCUCGGACAGUAUGUUCAUUCCUGCGAGAAAAUCUAAGAUCAACUAAUGAACUGUUAAGUUCAUUUGGGGGGACUCAGCUUGCCGUGGUUGAAUCUUUAAGGCAAACAAAGGUGCUGAGAUGCUUCUCCAGUCUUGAGGCUAUAAUGUCCCUUUCCAAUUUUUUGUUGAAGGGAACUGCUACCAUUGUUUCUGAAUUAGGUGCAUCAGAUGCUGAUGUAUUGAAAGAUCUUGGAAAGACAUACAAGGAAAUAAUUUGGCAAAUUUCUUUGUGUAACGAUUCCAAGGUGGAUGAGAAGAGAAGUUGUGAUCAAGAACCUGAGAGCACAGAUGCAGCUCCAUCUAGUGCUGGAAGAGAGAGUGAUGAUGAUGGAAACAUUCCCAUGGUGAGUUACAUGAAUCCCGUUUCUAUUAGGAGUAGCUCUCAAUCCAUUUGGGGUGGAGAACGUGACUUUCUUUCAGUUGUUCAUUCUGGAGAGGGCUUACACCGACGUAGUCGACAUGGAUUGACACGUAUACGGGUUGGUAGGGGUGGGCGGCAUACUCAUGCUUUAAAUGUUGAUUCUGAAUUACCUGCCAGUGUGCAUGAAACAUCUUGCCCCCAGGAUGCUAAAAGGAAAAGUCCUGAUGUUCUUGUCUUUGAAAUUCUAGGCAAGCUGGUUUCCACAAUGCGCUCUUUCUUCACAGCUCUUGUUAAAGGAUUCACAUCACCAAAUCGCCGUAGAGCAGAUGCAGGGUCAUUGAGUUCAGCUUCAAAGACCCUAGGAAAUGCUUUGGCUAAGAUAUUUCUUGAGGCUCUAUGUUUCUCAGGUUAUCCUACUUCAGCUGGGCUUGAUAGGUCAUUAUCUGUAAAGUGCCGGUAUCUUGGAAAGGUUGUGGAUGACAUGGCAGCUCUGACAUUUGAUGUUAGACGAAGAACAUGCUAUACCUCAAUGGUCAAUAACUUCUAUGUUCAUGGAACCUUUAAGGAGCUGCUUACCACUUUUGAAGCUACAAGUCAGUUGUUAUGGACUUUACCAUAUUCUAUACCAGCAUCUGGUACUGAUCAUGAGAAGGUUGGUGAAGGAAGUAAAUUAUCACACAACACAUGGCUUCUCGACACGUUAAAAAGUUACUGUCAUGAGCUUGAAUAUUUUGUCAAUUCUUCUUUACUCCUAUCUUCGGCCUCUGCAUCCCAGGUUCAGUUGCUUGUUCAGCCAGUUGCAGUUGGUUUGUCGAUUGGGCUGUUUCCUGUCCCUAGGGAUCCUGAACUUUUUGUCCGUAUGUUGCAAGCUCAGGUUCUUGAUGUUAUCCUACGUGUCUGGAACCAUCCUAUGUUUCCAAAUUGUAGUCCAGGUUUCAUUGCUUCUAUUAUUUCGCUUGUUACACAUGUGUACUCUGGUGUUGGAGAAGUGAAAAGAACUCGGAGUGGCAUUGCGGGAAGUACAAACCAGCGUUUCUUGCCUCCUCCACCAGAUGAGACUACUAUUGCAACAAUUGUUGACAUGGGUUUUCCUAGGGCAAGAGCAGAGGAAGCUCUGAGACGAGUUGAAACAAACAAUGUUGAAAUGGCGAUGGAGUGGUUAUUUACUCAUGCUGAUGAUCCAGUGCAAGAGGAAGAUGAACUGGCUCGGGCACUGGCUCUUUCACUAGGAAGCUCAUCAGAAGCAUCUAAAGAUGAUAGUGUGGAUAAAUCACCAGAUGUCCUGGCUGAGGAGUUGCAGACAAAAGCCCCCUCUGUUGAUGAUAUUCUUGCUGCAUCUGUGAAGUUGUUUCAGAGUAGUGAUCAGAUGGCAUUCCUGCUGACAGAUUUGCUUGUGACCCUUUGCAAUAGGAACAAAGGCGAAGACCGUCCAAGGGUGGCGACUUAUCUUAUUCAGCAGAUGAAGGUUUACCAGUUUGAUUUUUCAAAGGACACUACUCCACUGAGUAUGAUAUCGCAUAUCAUAGCAUUGCUACUUUCUGAGGAUGGGAAUAUACGAGAUAUUGCCAUGCAGAAUGGGAUUGUACCUGCUGCAUUAGAUAUCUUAAUGAGCUUCAAGGCCAGAAAUGCAUCAGGUAAUGAGAUUUUGGCCCUGAAAUGCAUUAGUUCUAUACUGCUUGUCUUGGACAGCCUGUUGCAGUCGAGGCCCAGAAUCAUUUCCGAAACUACUGAAGGAACUCAGGCAAGAUCAUCCCCUGACACACCAAUUCCAGCUUCAGUCGUGGAGGAAAAAUCUGCAUCAGAUGUGAAAGAAGGUGCUACAGCAUAUGAAAAAGUUCUGGGGAAAUCUACGGGAUUCCUGACUGUUGAAGAGAGUCAGAAGGUGCUACUGAUUGCUUGCGACCUCAUCAAACAGCAUGUCCCAGCUGUGAUUAUGCAGGCUGUUCUUCAGAUAUGUGCUAGAUUGACCAAAACUCAUGCACUGGCAUUGCAAUUCAUUGAAAAUGGUGGUUUGGCUGCUCUUUUUAGUCUUCCUAGAAGUUGUUUCUUCCCUGGAUAUGACUCUGUUGUGUCUGUUAUCAUUCGGCAUCUUCUUGAAGAUCCUCAGACAUUACAAACGGCCAUGGAAUUGGAGAUACGACAAACUUUGAGUGCAAACCAACACACAGGUCGCAUUUCUCCUCGAGCAUUUUUGACAUCAAUGGCACCAGUUAUUUCUAGAGAUCCUGCAGUUUUCAUGAAAGCUGCUGCUGCAGUUUGUCAGUUAGAUUCAUCAGGAGGGAGGACUUUUGUGGUGUUAUUGUUAGAAAAAGAGAAGGAAAAGGAAAAAUCGAGAGUACCGGGCAUGGAACUGGGGUUAUCUUCUAAUGAGCCUGUCCGGAUAUCUGAAAGCAAGUUACAUGAUGGAUCAAAUAAAUGUACCAAAGGCCAUAAGAAGAUCCCUACCAAUAUUACUCAAGUUAUUGAUCAGCUUCUCGAGAUUGUCUUGAAAUACCUUUUGCCAAAAAGACAGGAUGAUUGUAUGAGUUCUAUGGAGGUAGAUGAACCUGCUACCAAGGUGAAGGGUAAGUCAAAGGUUGAUGAGAGUGACACAUCAAAAAAGGAAUCUGAAUCUGAGAAAUCUGCUGCGUUGGCUAAAAUAACCUUUGUUCUCAAGUUACUGAGUGAUAUACUUCUUAUGUAUGUGCAAGCGGCCGGGUUUAUACUGAGGAGGGAUUUAGAAUUGGGCCAAUUCCAAGGAUCUAAUCAAACAGAUUCUCAUGGACAUGGUGGGAUAGUGUAUCAUGUUUUGCAUCGACUGCUUCCUGUAUCAACAGAUAAAUCUGCCGGACCUGAUGAAUGGAGAGAGAAAUUAUCUGAGAAGGCUUCUUGGUUUCUUGUGGUUCUAUGUGGCCGUUCUGGCGAGGGGCGGAGGCGUGUCAUUAAUGAACUUGCGAAAGCCUUAUCUUCCUUUUCAAAUUCUGUGUGCAAUUCAACCAAUACCAAUUUAUUGCCUGAUAAUAAGGUUUUCACGCUUGCUGAUCUAGCAUAUUCAAUUUUGUCAAAAAAUGCAUCGUCUGCUAAUCUAUCUGGUUCUGGGUGCUCACCAGAUAUAGCAAAAAGUAUGAUAGAUGGAGGAAUGAUUCGGUGUCUUACUGGCAUCCUUCAAGUGAUUGAUUUGGACCAUCCUGAUGCCCCCAAAAUUGUUAAUCUUAUACUUAAGUCUUUGGAAAGCCUUACAAGGGCAGCUAAUUCUAGUGAGCAAAAUUAUAAAUCUGAGGGGCUGAUAAGGAAGACAUUAGCUGAGUCAAGUGCUAGACAUGACGAUCAUAUAACGACGUUGGCUGCUGAGACCUCAGAGCCUGUUCAGAAUAGCCGCGGUCUACUAGAAGUAGCAGAUGCUGUGGAAACUGAACAAGAGCACCAAGGAACCACUCUAGGGGAAGGUAAUCGUGAUGCAAAUGCAGAUCAGACAGCUGAGCAGGCCAUGAGAAUAGAAGCAGAACAGGCGAUGGCCAGCAACCCAUCUUUGGAUCUUGGAAUGGGUUUCAUGCAUGAAGAGAUGGAAGAAAAUGGUGUGCUGCAUAACCCUGAUCAAAUUGAGAUGACUUUUCGGGUUGAGAAUAGGGCAGAUGACAACAUUGGUGAUGAGGAUGAUGACAUGGGAGAUGAUGGUGAUGAUGAUGAGGAUGAUGAGGAGGGGGAUGAUGAGGAUAUAGCUGAAGAUGGUGCUGGCAUGAUGUCAUUAGCUGAUACGGACAUGGAAGACCACGAUGAUACUGGUUUGGGAGAUGACUUCCAUGAUGAAAUGAUUGACGAUGAAGAUGAUUUUCAUGAGAACCGUGUCAUAGAGGUAAGGUGGAGGGAAGCCCUCGAUAGUUUAGAUCAGGUGCUUGGUCAGCCUGGGGCUGGUAGUGGACUUAUUGAUGUUGCUGCUGAACCUUUUGAAGGGGUGAAUGUGGAUGACCUUUUUGGUCUUCGCAGGCCAGUGGCAUUUGAACGUCGGCGUCAGACUGUUAGGUCUUCCUUUGAACGUUCUAUUACUGAGGUGAAUGGCUUUCAACAUCCCCUACUGUCAAGACCAGCCCAGUCUGGAGAUUUGGGUUCAAUGUCUUCAGCAGGGGGGAAUUCAUCCCGAGAAUUAGAUAGCUUUGGUGUGGCUCACUUCUCUAUGUUUGAUGCUCCCGUUCUUCCCUACGGUCAUGCAUCAAAUAGUAUCUUUGGUGAUCGUCUGGGUAAUGUUGCACCCCCUCCUUUGACAGAUUAUUCUGUAGGUAUGGACUCGUUGCAGUUAUCUGGACGAAGAGGGCAAGGUGAUACUCGAUGGACAGAUGAUGGUCGGCCACAAGGUAGUGCACAAGCUGCGGCCAUUGCACAGGCAUUGGAAGAACGGUUCCUAUCUCAAUUUCCAAGUGUUUCUCCAGUCAGCAAUCCUACCGAAAGGGCAUCCCAGAAUUCAGGAGUACGGGAUCAAUCAUCAGAUGCUCCUCUAACUAAUGAUGGUCAAGUAAUUAUAGGAGGCGAUAACACUAGCAGUCAGCAAAGUGAAGGCCAGCAUCUAGAAAAUGGAAAUGAAGUUAUAAACCAACCUAAUCCAUCAGAGCAAACCAUUCCUUUUGGAGCGCAAGUCAGUGCUCAGUCUGUGGUGGAAGAUGCUGGUGGAUGUCCACAGGCACUUGAGCCAAUGUUGAUUCAACCUAUUUCUCUAAUCAGUGCACCCAGUGGCCAUAAUAGCGUGGAAAUUGGGGAAGGUAUUGGCACUGCACAUGUGCAAGUAGGGCCCAGUUCCGAGUUUGUCAACUCAUCUGACGAGUCUCAAGCUGGUCUGCAAUUUGAAACGUCUGAUAGUCUCCAUGAUAUGUGCGUUCAGGUUGUGGGAUUUGAUGGAUCUUCUAGAGUGAAUGAUCUGGCCAAUAAUCCUGUGUUAGUCCCUGCUCCAGUUCGUGCAACUGUUGAGGUUGAUAUGAAUGGUAUUGGUGCUGAAGGAAAUCAAGCUGAACAAGGUAUUCCUGCUCCUGAACUUGGUGGUGAUGAGCCAUCUUCUGCUCAAGAUACAAUGUUGUCUCUGGAUGCCAAUCAGGCUGAGCAAACUAGUGAAAAUAAUGAUGUUCCUGGGGCAAAUGCUAUUGAUCCCACCUUUUUGGAGGCACUUCCUGAAGACCUUCGGGCAGAAGUUCUAGCUUCCCAACAAGCUCAAUCUGUUCAACCCCCAAGUUAUGUGUCACCAUCAGUUGAUGAUAUUGAUCCCGAGUUCCUGGCUGCUCUCCCUCCUGAUAUCCAAGCAGAAGUGUUGGCCCAACAAAGAGCGCAGAGGGCUGCACAACAGGCUGAAGGACAACCAGUUGACAUGGAUAAUGCUUCAAUUAUCGCUACUUUUCCUGCUGAUUUGCGUGAAGAGGUACUGUUGACGUCAUCAGAAGCAGUUUUGUCAGCAUUGCCUUCUCCGUUACUCGCUGAAGCACAAAUGUUAAGGGACCGAGCAAUGAGUCAUUAUCAUGCUCGCAGCAUUUUUGGAAGCAGCCACAGGCUAAACAGCCGGAGGAAUGGUUUAGGCUUUGAUAGGCAGACAGUUAUGGACAGGGGGGUAGGGGUCACACUUGGACGAAGGGCAACUUCUGCUAUUGCAGAUAGAUUGAAGGUGAAGGAAAUUGAAGGCGAGCCUCUAGUGGAUGCUGAUGCCUUGAAAUCUUUGAUCCGGCUUUUAAGAUUGGCUCAGCCCCUUGGUAAAGGCCUCCUACAGCGGCUCUUGUUGAAUUUAUGUGCACAUAGUGGUACAAGGGCGAUUCUAGUACGUCUUUUGCUGGAUAUGAUUAAACCUGAAGCUGAUGGUUUCGCCAGUGAAUUGGCAACAAUUAAUUCCCAGAGGCUUUAUGGUUGCCAAUCAAAUGUUGUUUAUGGUCGAUCACAGUUGUUAGAUGGUGUCCCUCCACUUGUGUUGCGUCGAGUCCUUGAAAUUCUUACUUAUUUGGCUACAAACCAUUCAGCUGUUGCAAGUAUGUUGUUUUAUUUGGAUCCCACACUGGUUCCAGAGCAUUUUAGUUCUACUCUUCCGGGAGCCAAAUUAGACAAAGGCAAGGAAAAGGUUGUGGAUGUUGGAACUUCAUCAAAAGCUCCAGAACAGUCGGUUGAUGAACAUGAUGUUCCAUUGAUACUGUUCAUGAAGCUCCUGAAUCGGCCACUUUUUUUACGCAGCACUGUGCAGCUUGAGCAGGUUAUGGGUUUGCUUCAAGUAGUUGUACGUACAGCAGCAUCGAAAUUGGAGUGUCAAUCACAAUCUGAAAAGGGGAGAGUGGAUUCACAAGAAGUGCCUGUUACUGAAGUGGAGGGUGAUGUUCAGAAAGACCCCACUUCAUUGGAACCCGAGUCUGGUGUGGAGGAUAAGUGUGCCAACACUGAGUUAUCAAAUUCUGAUAAAAAGAGGGACAUCAGUACUUAUCAUAUCUUCUUGCAAUUGCCACAAUCUGAUUUGCGCAAUCUUUGCCACCUUCUUGGUCAUGAGGGGCUGUCGGAUAAAGUUUACACGAUAGCAGGUGAGGUGUUAAAGAAGUUGGCCUCAGUCACUGCAUCCCGCAGGAGAUUCUUUACUUCUGAGCUAUCACAGUUGGCUCAUAGUUUGAGCAAUUCAGCUGUCAGUGAACUUGUUACAUUGAGAAAUACACACAUGCUUGGUCUGAGUGCUGGUUCCAUGGCUGGGGCUACAACCCUCCGCGUACUGCAAGCACUUAGCUCACUCAUUUUGACUAGUGUUAGUGGAUAUAAGGGUCCAGAGAAUGAUGGGGGAGAGGAGGAGCAAAUCACAAUCUUGAAGUUAAAUGUUGCCCUUGAGCCAUUGUGGCAGGAAUUGAGUGACUGCAUUAGUAUGGCUGAGAAACAGCUUAGUCAGACCUCUUCUGACACUACAUUGUUGCCUAUAAAUGUGGGGGAGCACGUACAAGGGACAUCUUCUUCUCCUCUUCCUCCAGGAACUCUGGGGCUGCUGCCUUUCAUUGAGGCUUUCUUUGUUUUAUGUGAAAAAUUACAACCCUGCCAUUGCACUGUGCAGCAGGAUCAAGCAACUGUAACAGCCAUAGAAGUCAAUGAAGCUGCUCGAAGUUCAACUUCCCUGACCACAAAAUGCAGUGGAGAUCCUCAAAGGAAGCUUGAUGGUGUUGUCACAUUUUCAAGGUUUGCUGAAAAGCAUCAACGGCUCUUGAAUGCUUUUAUUAGACAGAAUCCUGGAUUGCUGGAGAAAUCUCUUUCUAUGAUCCUGAAGGCACCUAGACUGAUUGAUUUUGACAACAAGAAAGCUUAUUUCCGCUCUAGAAUAAGGCAACAGCAUGAGCAUCACCUUACUGGUCCACUGCGGAUAAGUGUUCGGCGGGCAUAUGUUUUAGAGGACUCAUAUAAUCAGUUACGGAUGAGACCUAGUCAGGAUUUGAAGGGACGAUUGAAUGUGCAGUUCCAAGGUGAAGAGGGUAUUGAUGCUGGGGGUCUGACUAGAGAAUGGUAUCAGUUACUGUCUAGGGUUAUCUUUGAUAAGGGGGCAUUACUUUUCACUACCGUGGGUAACAAUGCAACUUUCCAGCCAAAUCCCAAUUCUGUCUAUCAGACUGAGCAUCUUUCUUACUUCAGAUUUGUUGGCCGUGUGGUUGCAAAGGCCCUGUUUGAUGGACAACUUUUGGAUGUCUAUUUUACUCGGUCUUUCUACAAGCACAUUCUUGAUGUAAAGGUGACUUACCAUGAUAUAGAGGCUGUUGAUCCUGAUUAUUACAAGAAUUUAAAGUGGAUGUUGGAGAAUGAUGUGAGUAACAUACCUGAUCUGACGUUUAGCAUGGAUGCAGAUGAAGAAAAGCACAUUCUUUACGAGAAAACUGAGGUGACUGAUUAUGAGCUUAAACCUGGGGGAAGAAAUAUAAGGGUCACCGAGGAAACGAAGCAUGAGUAUGUGGACCUUGUUGCUGAUCAUAUCUUGACAAAUGCUAUUCGUCCUCAGAUCAACUCCUUCCUAGAAGGUUUUAAUGAGUUGGUCCCACCAGAACUCAUAUCAAUUUUUAAUGAUAAAGAGCUUGAGCUCUUAAUCAGUGGACUUCCUGAAAUUGAUCUGGAAGAUUUGAAGGCCAACACCGAGUAUACUGGCUAUACAGCAGCAUCAAGUGUUGUCCAAUGGUUUUGGGAGGUUGUGAACACUUUCAGCAAGGAGGACAUGGCAAGAUUGCUGCAGUUUGUCACUGGAACAUCAAAGGUCCCAUUGGAGGGUUUCAAGGAAUUGCAGGGUAUAUCUGGACCACAGAGGUUUCAGAUUCACAAGGCAUAUGGUGCUCCGCAGAGACUUCCUUCAGCUCACACAUGCUUUAAUCAGCUGGACCUUUCUGAGUAUACUUCUAAGGAACAGCUUCAGGAACGCUUGCUGCUUGCUAUACAUGAAGGCAGUGAAGGGUUUGGUUUUGGUUAACUGAAUUUUUACAUGAUUUUGUUGCCCCAGCAGUGCUACAAUUCAAUUCAUCUUCAAGUCUCUUGUACAUAUAGACGGUGACUUGUUCCGGUGGACAGAACAUGGCGUGAGGCAACCACGUAAAGGUGUUGGAAACGUGGAUUGGGAAGGGAUAUAUCUCUAUUUGAUAGAAUUGGCAGGCGAUGAAAUAUUAUUCUUCAAUUGCAAGUUGAGCUCCUCAAUUCCAAUGGGCUGUACAAUGCAAUUUUUGUUUUCAGGUUUUGUGUAGCUCAAAAUGUAGAUACAGCAUUUCUUUGUUUAUAUAUAUAUAUAUAUGAGUUAUUCUUAUGUUGUUACUCAGUGUCAAAUAUUAUCUUGGCAUAUGGCCAUUUCCAUUCACUUUUGUAGUGUUGUAACUAUUAUGAGUUUUGGCAAUAAGAAUAGAAUCAUCAGAGUGUUCUUGAAUGGA